ACAAGCCCUCUUGUCUCUCUCUCCCCGCUUCCCUGCUCAAACCUCACACCACGUGCAACUUCAUGAAAAGAGCUUCUAAAACUCUGAAAACUACAUCUUAUUCUGUUGCGAUAUGGCUCUGAAGCCCCAGCAGCAGCUAAAUGAGUUGGGAUCCAAGCUGGACAUUCUUCCCGCUACCAAGGAUGGCCUCAUCAAGCUCUUAAAGCAAGCGGCAGCAUGCCUUAUUGAAUUGGAUCAAUCACCAUCAACAUCAACAAUGGAAUCAUUGAAGCCCUUUUUAAAUUCCAUCAUUAAGCCAGAGUUGCUGAAACACCAAGAUAGGGAUGUCAAACUUCUAGUUGCAGCGUGUGCUUGUGAGAUAACACGGAUCACUGCACCUGAAGCCCCUUACAGUGAUGAUGUUUUAAAGGACAUCUUUCAGUUGAUUGUUGGCACUUUUAGUGGUCUGAGUGAUACCAGUGGCCCAUCCUUUGGCAGGAGAGUUGUUAUAUUGGAGACUCUCGCGAAAUAUAGAUCAUGUGUAGUAAUGUUGGAUCUUGAAUGUGAUGAUCUGGUGAAUGAAAUGUUCAGUACUUUCUUUGCUGCUGCCAGAGAUGAUCAUCCAGAAACUGUCCUCUCAUCAAUGCAAACGAUAAUGGUUGUUCUUUUAGAAGAAAGUGAGGAUGUCCAAGAGGACCUUUUAUGUACUAUACUGUCUACUUUAGGUCAAAGAAAAAAUGGUGUUAGCAAGGCUGCAAGGAGGCUUGCUAUGAAUGUUAUACAGCAAUGUGCAGGAAAACUUGAACCCUGCAUUAAACAGUAUGUGCUAUCAUUGAUGUCAGGAGAUAGCAAGCCGAUGGAUAGUCAAGUUCAAUACCAUGGAGUCAUUUAUGAUCUGUAUUGCUGUGCUCCUCAGGUGCUAUCAGGAAUUCUACCUUAUGUGACAGGAGAGCUACUGACAGACCAACUGGAAACCCGUUUGAAAGCAGUGAGUUUGGUUGGUGAUAUAAUCUCUCGUCCUGGAUCUUCCAUCCCCGAAGUGUUUCUGCCUAUAUUUUCGGAAUUUUUGAAAAGGUUGACGGAUAGAGUUGUUGAGGUUCGCAUGUCUGUCCUUGAAUAUGUAAAAAGCUGCUUGCUGUCAGAUCCUGUUAGAGCCGAAGCCCCUCAACUAAUCUCUGCCCUUUGUGAUCGGCUUUUGGAUUUCGAUGAAACUGUUCGGAAACAAGUUGUGGCUGUUAUCUGUGAUGUUGCAUGUCAUUCUGUUAACACAAUUCCUCUUGAGACUGUAAAACUUGUUGCAGAACGCCUUCGUGACAAAUCUCUACUUGUUAAAGGGUAUACUUUGGAUAGGUUGGCUGAGGUAUAUAGAGUAUUUUGUGAGAAGAGCUCUGUCAGCUCAGUAAAUCCCAAUGAGUUUGAUUGGAUUCCAGGGAAGAUUCUCAGAUGUUUCUAUGACAGAGAUUUUAGAUCAGAUAUAAUUGAAUUUGUUCUGUGUGAGUCCUUGUUUCCAGCACAAUAUUCCAUUAAUGAUAUAGUUAAACAUUGGGUUGGGAUAUUCUCUGGAUUGGAUAAAGUGGAGCUCAAAGCUCUUGAGAAGGUAUUGGAGCAGAGACAAAGGUUACAGCAAGAGAUGCAGAAGUAUCUGUCUUUUAGGCAGAUGAGUCAGGAUAAAGAUGUUCCUGAGAUUCAAAAAAAAGUUCUGUUCUGUUUCCGUGUAAUGUCUCGUUCAUUUGUGGACCCUGCAAAGGCUGAAGAGAGUUUCCAAAUUCUUGAUCAAUUAAAAGAUGCUAAUAUUUGGAAGAUUUUGACGAAUCUUGUUGAUCCAAAUACCAGCUUGCAUGAAGCUCAUGCCAAUAGGGAUGAUUUGCUUAAAAUACUUGGUGAGAAACAUCGGCUCUAUGACUUCCUGAAGAACUUCUCUGUGAAGUGUUCUUACUUACUUUUCAACAAGGAGCAUGUGCAAGCGAUUCUCUCCGAAAUUUUUGCAAAAAAAUCUUCAGAUAAUGCAGAAUAUAUACAAUCUUGCAUGAAUAUAUUGGUGAUAAUUGCUCGUUAUUGUCCAUUGCUUCUUCAUGGCAGCGAGGAGGAACUUGUGUGUUUACUUAAGGAUAGCAACGAAAUGAUUAUAGAAGGUGUUUUGCAUAUUUUAGCAAAGGCUGGUGGUACAGUACGCGAACAACUUGCAGUAACAUCAAGUUCUGUAGACCUUAUACUGGAGAGGCUGUGUUUAGAAGGUAGUCGGAGACAGGCCAAGUAUGCUGUGCAUGCACUGGCUGCAAUAACAAAGGAUGAUGGGCUCAAGUCUCUAUCUGUUCUAUAUAAGAGGCUUGUAGAUAUGCUGGAGAAGAAAACACAUCUUCCUGCAGUACUACAGUCUCUAGGAUGUAUAGCGCAAACUGCCAUGCCUGUUUUUGAAACUAGAGAGAGUGAAGUUGAAGAAUAUGUGAUAAACAAGAUUUUGAAAAGUGAUAGUAAAGAUGAUGCAGGAGUAUCUUGGGAUGAUCGAAGUGAUCUUUGCAUGUUGAAGAUAUAUGGCAUUAAAGCUUUAGUAAAGAGCUACUUGCCAGUUAAAGAUGCCCAUGUUCGUUCUGGUAUAGAUGGUCUUCUGGAUAUCCUUAAGAACAUGUUAACUUAUGGUGAAAUAUCUAGUGACAUACAGUCUAGUUCAGUUGAUAAGGCUCAUUUGAGACUCGCAUCUGCAAAGGCUAUUCUUCGCUUGUCAAGACAGUGGGAUCACAAGAUACCUGUUGGUCUUUUCUACUUAACUUUGGGGACAUCUAAGAUUAACUUCCCUCAAGCUAAGAAGAUUUUCCUAAGCAAAGUACAUCAAUAUCUAAAAGAUAGGCUUUUGGAUGCCAAAUAUUCUUGUGCCAUUAUACUGAGCAUAUUUGAAUCCAAGGAAGAUGAGUUUGCAGAGGGUAAACAGAACUUGGCCGACAUUAUUCAAAUGCUUCAGCAAACAAAGGCUAGGGAACAAUCUCUGCAAUCUGAUGCAAAUUCCACGGUCACCUACCCUGAAUACAUCCUUCCAUACCUUGUUCAUGCACUUGCGCACAAUACAUGUCCCAACGUUGAUGAGUGCAAGGAUGUUGAAACAUAUGAUAAUAUAUACAGGCAGUUGCACUUGAUUCUGUCAAUUCUACUACAUAAAGAUGAAGAUGCCAAGUCAGAAACAACUAAUAACAAAGAGAAGGAGAAUAUAUCAACUAUUACUGAUAUCUUUCAAAGUAUCAAGCACUCUGAAGAUAUAGUUGACUCAUCAAAGUCGAAGAGUUCUCACGCUAUAUGUGACCUUGGGGUGGCAAUCACCAAACGGCUAGUUCAGAAGGAUGUUGAUUUGGAAGGAUUGUCAACUUCAGUCUCUCUGCCCUCAAUGCUAUACAAGGCAUGUGAGAAGAAGGAAGAUGACUUUUCGCAGGUUAGCGAAAUGAAAACCUGGUUGGUGGAUGAAAGUGUGUUGUCUCACUUUGAAUCACUUGAACUAGAAAUGGUUCCAUCUGAAUUAGCUGAUGAUGUUCUAAAGGACAAUGAAAGGGAUGGAAGUGAAGUGCCUCUCGGAAAAAUGAUAAAGCACAUAAAAUCUCAGGGAACCAAGAGAAAGAAGGUGAAAAAGAGUAAGUCUGUACCAGGUGAAAUGGAGAAGGCUGAAAAUGAUAUUGAUAUCUUAAGAAUGGUCAGACAAAUCAAUUUAGAUAACUUAGGAAUGUCUUCUAAGUUUGAAUCGAGUAAUGGUCAUGAAGAUCCUUUAGGCAAGAAAAUGAAGAAGGAUUCAGCUGAUGCAAUGACUAAAAAAAGAAAAUCUAGCGAAGAAACACCUAUCCAAGUGCCCAAGCGCAAGCGGUCUUCCUCUACUCCUGGAAGUUUCAGAUCAUCCAAUGGCCCUUCAAAGGCUUCUCUGACAGUUUCAGAAGACUCCCCUGAAGCCAAAUUACCCUCUGAUGCAGAAAUUAUCCCUGAUACAGAUAGCAAAACUAAGAAGAGAAGGAAGGUCAAAGGCAGUAAGCCAGGUUUAUUAGUGUCCCCCUUAAAACAGAGAGUCUCUGACAGCUAUCAUGAUGAUGAGGACUUCAAAUCUGAUGAGCCUGACUUGAAGAACACUGAUAAGCUAAAGAAAACUGACAAGACUUCUAGUAGUAACACCAAGUCUUCCACGGGGUCUUUUAAAAAGAAGAAAAGAAAAAGUAUUGCAGGAUUGUCAAGGUGUACAACAAAGGAAGGUGAAGUUGAUACUGAAGACCUGAUUAGUUGUCGAAUCAAAGUUUGGUGGCCUAUGGAUAAGCAAUUCUAUGAAGGCACUGUAAAGUCAUAUGACUCACAAAAAGGGAAGCAUGUGAUAUUGUAUGAUGAUGGAGAUGUAGAAGUUCUCCGUUUGGAAAAGGAGCGCUGGGAGCUUAUUGACAAGGGUCGCAAAUCUGCUAAGAAGAUAAAAUCUUCAAAAAAUCUUUCUUCACAUCAAGUGUCAUCUGGACAGAAACAUAAAAGCUCCGGUGGUUCACAGAGUAAAAAAUCAAAAAAAUUAAUUAAUGGUGAACAAUCUUCAAGAAAGAAUGUGAAACUUGGAGAAAAAGGCAAGUCAAAUAGUAAUUUUCACCGUGAGGAUAUCAAAGAGAGUUCUGACACGACCAUGACAUCCAAAGCUGAUGAGACGGACUCAGGUGAUUUUGAAGGGAGGCAGGGUGAACUAUCAGAUGAAGUCAUAAGACACGUCAACAAAGGUAAAGAGAAAGUAAAAAAUGUUUCAAGUGGGAACAAACUUCAAAAAAAGAAGGCCUCAAGUUAUAUGGAAGAAGACCCUGAUGAAGAGAAGCAGGAAUUUGACGAAAGGCUUUCUGAGGAUAGAGAGACUGUCCCCCAAGGUGUUAAAAAUGUCGAAGAGAGUGGUUCAGAUGGGAGAGAAGUUGAUGAAUCAAGUGUAGCCAUGAGAGAAAAGGCAAAUGGAGAAGCAGAGGCUGAUUCUGAAGUUGAGGAGAGCAGUCCCCAAGAAAUGGACCGGGCACAUAAAAAGUCAUCAAGUCUUGAUGGUGUUGGGAAUGCUGAAAUUUCUGAAGAUGAACCUCUUAGCAAAUGGAAGCCUCGUACUGGGAAGAGAAGUUCAGGCCAAAAGCGGUGAGGAUUUGGCUGCAAAUUUUAGUCUUUUUAAUACAAAUACAGAUGGGAGCUUGAAUGAAGAUGACUACCACAUAACUUUAACACACUUGUAGUCACCCUGUAGAAUUGUAAAAUAACACUCAUUCCCACGUCUGGAAUGAAAAAUGAUAGAGCAUUUAGGUUUUAGGGUUAUGACCAUCUUGUAUUAGUAUUAGUUAAUAGGUUUAGUUUAUGAUUCAUGAGGGUGUCGUUCACCCGUCCCAAUAUAAUUUGUAUGAUAAGUGGGGCAUUGUGUACAGCUGAUACGUGGCCAUAAUUGUACUUAGCAUAUUCAUACUUUCUUAACUUCUUUGAGAAUGAUGAUUUAAGGAUAAAUUUUUAA